CUCUUUCUUUGUCUUCUCUAAUUUCUAGGUUCCUGAAAGGGACCUUACCGGUUCAACAAUUAGUUUUCUUCUUCACCCAAUUUCCGGAGCCUUUUUCUAAAUCCAUAACAGGUUUGUAAGGUUUUUGGGAAUGGAUGAGGUCAAGAAAUCAGAGGGUCAUAUGACAUCACCUGCAGCUUUUGUGGAAGGAGGAAUUCAGGAUGCAUGUGAUGAUGCUUGCAGCAUUUGUCUCGAGGCUUUCUGCGAAAGCGAUCCUCCCUCGGUAACUAGCUGCAAGCAUGAGUUUCAUCUCCAGUGCGUCCUGGAAUGGUGUCAGAGAAGUUCUAAUUGUCCUAUGUGUUGGCAGUCCAUAAGUCUGAAAGAUCAGAUGAGUCAAGAAUUGUUUGAGGCUGUGGAACAAGAAAGGAAUUUUAGAGUUAAUGCAGAAAGAAAUGCUACACUAUUUCACUUUCCUGCGCUGGGAGAUUUUGAACUACAGCAUUUACCUGUGGAUAUUGAUGAUCCUGACCUUGAAGAGCGCAUUCUUCAGCAUUUGGCUGUUGCUGCUUCAAUGGGAAGAGCUCACCAUGCGGGUCGAAGGGAGGGCUCAAGAAAUCGCUCAUCCACCAAUCACCGUCCACAACUUUUAGUAUUUCCAACUCAUCAUAAUUCAUCUCCUACCACUUCUGUUUCACCUUAUCCUACUGGAUCAAUUUCUGAUCCUGCUGCAACCACAACAGUUGAUUCCCCUCUUCCCAUUAGCUCCGGUAGCAGUGAUUCACCACGACAGAUGCCUCACCUUUCAUCAGUUCAAAGUGAUCAACUUUCUGCUUUAUCAUCUGGUUCUGUUCUAACGCCUGCCACAACACAAGGAAUAUCUAGUGGUGAUAGGUACUCUUCUAGUUCAUCCUUUACACCAAUCCAUAGGAGAGCUGGACCAUCAGAGUUGCAGUCAUUUUCAGAGUCCUGGAGAUCUCGAUUUAGUUCUAUGUCUAUGAAAUAUAAAGAAUCAAUCUCAAAGAAUACACGAGGGUGGAAGGAGAGAUUGUUUUCUCGAAGUUCUUCAAUGCCGGAUGCUGGUCCUGUUAGGAGAGAGUCAAAUGCUGGAAUUGCUAGUCUAUCUCACCUGAUGGAACGUCUGGAAACUCGAGAAAAUAGUAGAGCUGGCUCUGUUUCAGCAGUUACUAAUAUAGUGGAUUCUUCACACACACUCCAAAGAGACCAUGGUAAUAUGGGUACUCAUAUUGGAAAUGGAUUGAACAGAAACUCAACAGCUUCUGCUGCAAGUUCAGCUCAGAAUUAAGUCUUCUAUUUAAGCAUUUACCUGGCAUCUGUCCUCAGCAUUUCAUCUUUGAAUGUUAUGAACUUUGCUGGGGGUUCAAAUAUGACAUGCUGAGGACGAGAUAUUUUCGUUCAGUCUAUGGAGAGGAGAAGUAACAGCAGUUGCAACAUGAAUGUGAUUUACCUGUAAAUUUGUUUAUAUACGUUUUAACGCGAAUCAAAUGUUGAAAACGUAUCACUAGAAUCUGGUAGAGAUCAUUGUGUUGGAUAUUUACAAGUUACAACUUGAUAAAAUUAACAGAAUUAUGUUUUUUGGUUAUUACAUAAACCUUACAUA